CCGGAAGUGCACGUCAUCAAACGUGCAACGUUUAUAAUUUUCUACCAUGGGAUGAGGAAACACAAAACUCAAAAUAUGAAUUGGCCGUUUUUGAUGACUAAUAAAAUGUACCUUGUCCUUUAAGCUUCAGUUUCCUAACAAGCUCACCGCUGUUUCAUUUUCGAAUAAACUAACUAGCUAGCUAGCUAACGAUGGACGACUGGGGAUUGGCGCUCGAGGAGGACAUGGCGCGCGAAACCUCCGCCACGGGAAACCCUGAGCAGCAAUACAACCCCUGGUCCAACCAGUCCAACCCCUGGUCCGAGCCUGGCUACACCUCGGAAUCUGUGGGGGAGCUGGACAAGCUGGCCUCAGGGGAUGGACACCAUGUCACUCACCCGAAGAAGCAGGAGGAGCAAGGCGUCCAGACAGACGCCUGGACAGCAGACAAAGAUGUUAACACAGAUCAGGAUUGGGAGUCACUGAUGUCAGUGGAUGAGUACAGCACCCACCUGGCCCUGCAGUAUGAGGAGCUGAUAAAGCAGCAGGAGGAGGAGGAGGCUGAUCAUGGCAGCCAAGUAGACAGCCUGGUGCAGAAGAAGGAUGAGGGGGUCCACCAGCAGCAGGUGCUGCUGGACAAAAUUGAGUCCCUGCGUGUGAAGCUUCAGCUGAACUGCUGCAAGACCACCCGCAAGAACUUUGCGGUCAAGAAGCAGGAGCUCAGCGUGGAGAAAAGCAAAAUGGAGGAGGAGAGGAACAGACUGUCUCAGGAGCUGGAGGAGACCACCAGGAAGCUGGCUUUGCUGAUAGAAGAGCAGAACCAGGAGAAGCUGAUGUGGGAGCGGGAGCUAGCAGACCUGAACACUGAGAUGGAGCGUCUACAGAAAGAGUCAGAGGAGGCCACACAGAGAGCUCUACGGGAGGAGGUCAGUCUGUACAUAUUUAUUAACUCCAUUACAGCUCUGGAAAUGCAGAGAGAUGUGACCAUGUCUGAGGUGGACGACUGGCUGAAAGAGGCUGACCAAUACAUAAACACACUUGGAUUUGACCCUUCCCAGCAGCAGCACAUGCACCACAGGCUGGAGUGGGAGAAUAAUGUGGCUGUGGUUCGCAGCAGUUUGGCGGGACUGCAGAAUCAGUUCAAGGAGCAACUUCACUUGCUGCAACAGGGCCAACCAAUGGAAAGCCUCCCUGGAGUCACAUUACCACACUUACCCCAGGUCCCCACGAUGGGCCCUCCUAACGGGUUGAUGAGUCCGAUGAUGUACGCUCCACCCCGCCCCCCUUUUCAACAUUUCCAGAUGGGCCCUCCUAACGGGAUGACCUUCACACCCCAGCAGCACCACCCUGCUGCUUUCACAGCCCCAGCCAGAGUAACCCCCCCACCUGCCACUUCCUCCACUCCCCAUGCCUCCGCUCUACCCUCCCACCCAGCCACCCCACCUGUCUUCCUGUUCACCACUACCAUGGCCUCCGCCCAGCCCCUGUCCUCCAAUAACCCCCCCGCUGCUGGCAAACUGGACAACCUGCUGAAGAGACUGGGGGACAGAUUUCCACAGUGCAACAGAACCCAGCUUAUGUCAGUGCUGCAGCAGAUUAAGAAUUCUCGGGGCACCAUGGCUGGCAUGUCUAUUGAUGAGGUCACAAAGCAGGUGGCACAGAGACUGGCACAAAAUGAGAAACCGGCUCCAGGGCCUAUCAGGCCUCCCUCUGCAGACAGGGGCAUUCCUGGCCACCCAGGCCCAAUCCAGAGGCCCACACAUCCCCCACAGAGACCUGCAGUGGCCCAGGUCUUCCAGACGAGGCCCCCACAGCCUGUGGCUGUCAGUAAUCGUAAGCUGUGCUUGAUGUGCCAGAAACACGUGGAAGCAGACAGCCAGCACCCCAUGAGCUGCACCCACACUGUACAUAAGGAUGUAAGUCCUACACUAAAAAACACUUAUACUACUGACAACUACACAGUGUUGAUGAGGAGGUGAGGCCUACCCUUCCUCAUAUUGUACACAUUACUGGGCACAAUAAGAUGAUACUUACUCUACAUGCUUAAACUAGUGAGGCACUUUUAGCUGAUGGAAAGCUGAUGAUUUGCCUCUGUCGUUGUUUCAGUGCAUCAGUGUAUGGCUACAGUCGAGCAAGGACAAUGCCUGUCCCUUCUGUCCAGCCAAGUGAAAGGAGGAACAGAUGAGACAGAAAGGAGAACACAACAGAAGACAUGAAGGGAACGAGGAGCUGAACACUGAUAACAUUCUGGUCAGCUUCACAGAACUGAAGUGGGAGAUGGUGGAAUAUGAUUCACACCAACUCCACCUACACAGAGCAGUCAUGGUGAGGUAUUACUAUUGACCUAUGUGACAAUAAACAGAAGUCAUUCAUAUUAUGCAUCCCUAUAUCGAUAGUUGACUUUAUGUAAAUCAUUUAGUACAUCUUGUUAAAACAACUGCAAUGAUAAUCUGGCACCAACCAUAACUUUAUUUUCUCACUUUUGUAACAUUCCUGAUUUAACCAAUAGGGAUAUCAUGUUUGUUAUGUAUGCCUUUUGAACAAGCAGCAUAUUUCUUGUCAAAUAUACCUCUGAUACCCUUUUUCAUAAUUAUAACAGCUGUUACAUUUUGUAUGUUAUUUCUAACUUCCAUGUAUUUUCUAUGUUUAUAAUGUUUCUAACUUCCAUGAUUCUGUGUAAAAAUGUUUUUUAUUUCUAUGUCUAAAAAGACACUACAGUGUUAUGUUAUUAAGUGCCUUACUAAAAGUCACAUCCGAAUGAUGACUCAUUGAACUUAACAUUUUGGUUUGAAUGAGUAGGAAAUACUUCAGUGGAAGGGAAAUGGCAAUAACUAUUUGUACUUGUUUAAUUAACAUCUGUGAUAAAAGAUGAAAGAACCAUUA